AUGAGCGACCAAAACAAAGUGGCUUACGACAUGGGCGAGGACACCUCCAUGUCGGACUACACGUGCUCAGAGGACGAGGGCGCCUCCGGGCGCCGGCUGGGAGCCGCGGGCGCCGCGUGCACCGAGGACGCCGCAAGGCAAAAUAAGGGAGGUAAGCCGCGGUCAGCGGGCUUGACAUUAAGGUACCGAACGGGAACGACCCAUAAACGGCCGUUGGCCGCCACAUCCGCGGAUGAGGACGCCCCGGCCGUGGCGCAUAAAGUGGCCUCCUCUUCGACGAGGGGCCGCGUUAGGCGCCCGGUAGGGGUUUACAGCUUCCUCAAGGAGGCAAAAGACUACUUAGCUGAUGGGGGGGAUAGUGAGGGGGAGGACCCCGAUCCAAGUUACCGCCCUCGCGGGAGGAUAGCGAGCCCCAUAGUGGCUUCAGCAAAAGCCUCUGACGACGGGACCACCGACGCCCUAUCCAGGGGCACGGUCGAGGCCCUCGCCGAGGAGGCUCUAAAAAGUGUAGAAAAGAUAAAGGAGGAAAUUAAGAAGAGCGGCCACCUAAAGGGUACCGUGUGGGGGCAAAUCAACCGGGCCACUAAAUGUGUUGUUGAAGCGGUCGAGGGCCUUCGCGACAUAACGCCUGAAGAAGAACAGCGUAGGCUCCGCGCGGACAAUGCUCGCCUCUCAAGGGAGCUGGAUAUUGUCCGCAACGAGCUGCGUGCCUUCAAACAGGCGUACGUGGAGUCGCAGCGGAAGUCCGCUGCAGCCCCGAGAGAAGCGACAGGGCCCCAGCAGCCCAACUUUGAGGAGGUGCUCAGAUGCGCCAUGGAGGAGAUGAAGGGGCAACUCCUACAGUCGGUAGGCGGGAUGAUCAAUGCCCGCCUACAAGACCUGGAGAUGCGCCUUCCUCCGGAGCCCGUCAUGAGGCCCCCUCUGCGUGCCGACCAACGGCAGCCGCCGCCGCCCCGUCACAAGUCCCGGUCGGGGCUCGUGGAGGGUGCCAUGGAGGUGGAUGGGGAAGCCCAGCCACCCCAGGCGCCCACACCCAGGGCGGUAAAGAAGGCGCCGAAGAAGGGCGCCGCAAAGCGGCCGACUGACCCCCCGCCUCCUCCUCCCUCCAAGGGAAAACAGGGGGCAGGACAGGCAGAUGCGACCCCUCCCCCCCCAACCGCUGGAACAAGCGGAGAGGGGGAAGCCCAGACGGGGACUGCGGGCAACUCCUGGUCCGAGGUUGUCCGGCGGAAGAAGAGGGGAAAUGCGGCUGUUGCUGCUAAUUCCCCCCCCUCAGCCGGAACAACCCGGCAGAUCGCCCCGGCCCCACCAAAGGCCGUUAAAAUCGUUGCCCCAAAAACCGCGGCCAUAGUGGUGACCCUCAAGAAAGGGGCCACCAUGACCACCGCGGAAGGGGCCACGACUGAUGCGAGAUACACCGAGGUCUUGGCAAAGGCCAGGUCCUCGAUUUCCCUGAGGGAAUUCGGUUUGGAGUCGGUCAGGAUCCGAACGAGCAUGACCGGCUCCAAACUGAUGGAGGUCGGGGGGACCACCCCCGAGGAAACCGCGGACCGUCUCGCCGCCGCCCUGGUGGAGGCAGUAGGCAGCUGGGCGGACAUCACCCGCCCAACCAAAAUGGCCGUCCUCAGGAUCACCGGUCUGGAUGACACGGUGACCACUGAGGAAGUGGCGGCCCAACUGGCAUCGGUCGGCGGGUGUCCCCCCACCUCCAUGAAAGUAGGUAAUAUCAGGCCGAGUUUCUGGGGCGGAGGCUCCGCCCUGGUCAAGUGCCCAGCGACUGCCGCUAAGGCAGUCGUGAAGGCGGGACGAGUGGCCAUCGGAUGGACGAUGGCCACCGUCAAAGCAGUGGAGGCCCAGCCAUUGCGUUGCUAUAAAUGCAUGAUGCUGGGCCACACUCGCGCUCUAUGCCCAGCGGAGGCAGAGAACGGGCGUCUCUGCUUCCGCUGCGGCAGUGAAGGGCACAAGUCGGCAGAGUGCGAGGCCCCCUGCAAAUGCACCGUGUGUGCAACGACGGGGCGCCCACACUCACAUGUGAUGGGGGGUGCCAAGUGCACACCCCCGUCGGUGAAGGGCAAAGCCCCGUCGUCGAGCAGAGUGCCUCGCACUCAGCCCCAACCGCACGGCAGCCGCAGGGCUGAAGAGGAAGAAAUGCAGGUGUCCUAA